UGGAAUCAGAGGACGAGUUGGACGUAAAAUCCAAAUCCCCACUUGCUGAUAGUCAAGGUUGGGAUGCCAGUACGCUAGAGAUUCUCAUACUGCUUUGUUUACUUCCACCAGUCAAUCAGGGGAGGAAGGGCUUGUCAAAGGUUUCAGUGCUCUCAGCAAUCGACCACCUACUACAAUUCCAAAAGAGUGGUGCCAGUCUUGAACAUUUUCUGGAGAGUAGGAAGAAUAAGCAGAUGCAGCCAUACUUGCUUGCAAGAGGAAUGUCCCAGGAGAGGAUAGAUCAAUUCUUUGUUAUUGUGGAUCACCUCGCAAUUCCCUGCUCCGACAUUAGCCCCAUCAGUGCUUUUGACACGCUCUUCAAGACGCAUUACGUAUUCGGGUUACAUUAUGCAAGGCCACUGCAUAAUUUCUGGACCUUCAUUCAAACCACUAUCUACAAUAUCGACCCCAAGACCACCAAUGAAUCACCAAGGGUACGGGAGCUGAGGUCCAAAUUAUCAAACUUUGGCAAGUAGAAGAACAGAAGUGGAAGAAGGAUCAACACUUAACCAAAGAAAAUGUUGCGCUGCAUUAAUUGUAAAACUCGUAGUCAGUUUCCCAGCAUACAUCAUCUUUUUCGCCAUUUGCGGUAUAUACAUGGAAUAGCAGAUCAUAAUGGAAAAACAAUAAUUUGUGGUCAAGGGGCUUGCGCAAGAACUUUUAACACAUUCAGUGGGUUUAGAAAGCACUUGAAAAAAUUUCAUCAAGAAAAUGAAAAUGGCAAUGAUCAAGGAGUGGACUUGGCGAAUGAGGAAGACGAGUCUUUUGAUGUUAAUGAUACUAGUAUUGAAGAAGGUUUUGUUGAUAACAUUGAUCAAGAUGACAAUGACAACAAUGAUGAAGUGUUUGAUAUUUUAAGUCAAGAGGACAUAGAACAACAUGCUUUCACAUUUAUAGCAAAUCUCUCUAGUAGACCUACUAUAUCUGGAGCAUGUAUGAAUGAAAUUGUAAAUUCUGCAAGUGAUUUAAUUGAAGGUGUAGUUAAAAGUGCAUCUGCAGCAGUUAAAUCAGCAUUUUCACAUCAUGGACAGCCAGAAUCACUUGUUUUAGCAGAGAUACAGGAGCAUUUGACAACCCUUAAACAUCCAUUUGAAAACUUAAAUACUGAGUAUAAACGUGAAAAAACAUUCAGUAGGAUGGGAAUGGUUAAACCUUGUGAAAUAGACUUGGGUGUUCCCCGACUUGAGAACCAACAUAAUCAGGCAGUACCAAUAGAGGACAAAUUUGUGUACAUUGAUAUUAAUAAGACUCUUGAAAAGCUUGUUCAGCAUCCAGAGAUUUUGUCCUAUGUCAAACGCGAUCACAUCAGCAAUGACGGCGUAUUAAGGGAUUUCUGUGAUGGACAACUUUACAGGGAAACUGAUCUUUUCAAGGAGGAUCCUAAUGCUUUGCAGCUACAUUUUUUUUAUGACGAUUUCCAAACGGUGAAUCCGUUAGGCUCCAAGACAGUUCACAAGUUAGGGGCAUUUUAUUUUGUAUUAAAGAACCUUCCGCCAAAAUUUAACUCGUCUCUUCGCAACAUCAAUCUUGUUGCAUUGUGUUAUGCACAAGAUACAAAAACAUAUGGCUAUGAUGAAAUACUGCAACACUUUGUUGCAGAUAUUAAUAAACUGGCAACAGAGGGGAUCUCUCUUCCAGAUGGUGAAAGAAAGAAAGGAACAUUAACCCAAUUCAGCGCUGACAAUUUGGGUGCAAACUCUCUGUUUGGUUUUGUUGAAAGUUUUUCAGCUGCCUUCUACUGCCGUCUUUGCUUAAUAAGCAAAGAUGAUGCGCAAAACAUUUUUCAGGACCCAGAUACCUUACUGAGAACAAAAGAUGACUACAAUCUUCAUGUACAACAGGCUGAAGCUGCAGGCCAGCAUGUUUAUGGAAUAAAGAACAGUAGUGUGUUGAAUGACUGCAAGUUCUUUCAUAUAUUGUCAAACUUUUCUCUUGACAUUAUGCACGAUAUCUUGGAGGGUGUAGCACAAUAUGAAAUGAAAUUGGUGUUACAAUAUUUCAUUUUCGAGUGUCGGCCUCCAGUACUGUCACUUGGAGAAUUGAAUAAGCACUUGGAAAGUCAUGACUAUGGUGUUACAGAAACGAAAAAUAAACCAUCUCCUGUAAAGCUAGACUCUCAAGGAAAUGCACUUGGACAAAAAGCAAUGCAAGCUUGGACUCUAAUUAGGCAUUUGCCAUUUAUCAUUGGAUCCAAAGUAGGAGCAAAUGAUGCAAAGUGGGAAUUGUUGCUGAAGUUGUUGGAUUGCAUGGACAUCAUAUUUUCGCCACAGCUGACUCCUGGCCUUAUUGCAGAACUGUCAAUAUUGAUUGCAGAGCAUCAUGCUUAUUUCAAGGAAGUAUUUCCUGAGCGCAGGUUGCUACCCAAACAUCACUUCAUGGUACAUUAUCCAAGAUGCUUACGAAUGAUAGGCCCUCUUGUACAUGUGUGGGGCAUGAGGUACGAGGCCAAACAUGAGUAUUUUGGAAGAGUUGCAGACUGUGUUCGCAAUUAUAAGAAUAUAUGCAUUUCAUUGGCAAAGCGGCAUCAGUCAAUGCAUGCAUACAAUCUAAUUGCAAAAGCACCUUUGGAAGCUAGGGAGAUUGGACCUGGAAGAGAAGUGGAGGUGAUAACUCUCACUGAAGACUGUAUCCAUCUUGUAAUGGAGAAACUUCAAGUGAAUGAUUUCUCCACAAGAUUAUAUGAAGCAAAGUGGAUAAAACUUUGUGGUACGCUGUAUCAACCAUCAUUAUAUGUGUGUCAUGACAUUGAUGAACUUCCAGUAUUUGGAAAUAUCAUACACAUUCUGGUAUAUGAAAGCCAGGUGUAUUUUGUGCUGCAUGUGUGCGAGACAAGUUAUUACAAUAAGCACUACCAUGCAUAUGUUACAACAAGUAAAAGUCCAGACAGCUAUGUUGUCGUAACUAAAUCUGAACUGGUUGAUUACCAGCCUCUGGAUAUAAUCACUGAUGUAUCUGAGCACUCUCAAAACAGGUACAUAUCCCCAAGACAUGUACUGUUCAAGUAAGGUGUACCCAAGAAGUUGCAGAAUUGUUGUUUUGAAGAAUGUUAACAGCAAAGUAUUGUUACUGCUAUCAAGUCUGACUUGAUCACAGGAACAAUAUCAUAUUUGGCACUGUGGUCAUAUUUCUAAAAUAAUGACCCUCAGUUGACCAGACUGGAGAGUGUGCAUUAGCUAAAUUAGAAAUUAGUAAUUAAUGUGCAGAUUUGUUUUAUGAGUGUUUCACCUCUAAAUUGGUCUCGUACAUCUGAAUCAAUUGGUGUCCUACAGCUGAAUUAAUUUUUCUCUUACAGCUGAAUUAAUUUGGUACAAAGAAAGCAAUCUAGACGGGCAAAGCAAGGAAAGCAAACUAGACGUGUUAAUUAUUGAUGGAACGAGAAUGUGAAAAAUAUAUACAAGGGGUAGUGAAAAAA